AUGGAGCCCGCCAACACCCUGCUUAGAAGGGAUGCCUGUGACACGGGAAACGACUUCGAUGGCCGGAUGGGCCUUCGCAUCUCGUCUAUCUUCGUCAUUCUGGUCGGUUCCACUUUCGGCGCCAUCUUUCCUGUCCUUAUGAGACGUUAUAGCGGCCGUGGUGGUGCGCCUAAGUGGCUUUUCUUCAUUGCAAAGUACUUCGGCUCUGGUGUCAUUCUUGCCACUGCUUUCAUCCAUCUGCUUGCCCCAGCAGAGGAGGCGUUGACCAAUCCAUGCCUGACCGGUCCCAUCACCGAGUACAGCUGGGUUGAAGGCAUCAUCUUGAUGACAAUAGUAGUCUUGUUCUUUGUGGAGUUGAUGGUUAUGCGAUUUUCUCGUUUCGGCACAGGCCAUACACAUGACGAAGAGGGUGAUUCGCACACUGUAAUCGAGGAUGAGGAUAUCGUGUCUGAGGAACCUAAGAAUCACAUCCCUGGAGAGGACCAUCUUGGUCACACACGUGAACACCACGACCCCGACGAUGCUCAGGAUGACCGGAAAGCCAUUGAGGACUAUGCUGCACAGCUAACCUCCAUCUUUAUCUUGGAAUUCGGUAUCAUAUUCCAUUCCGUUUUUAUUGGUCUUACUCUGGCUGUGACUGGAGCCGAGUUCGUGACGCUUUAUAUCGUCCUCGUCUUUCAUCAGACCUUUGAAGGCCUCGGAUUAGGUGCCCGCCUGGCCACCAUGCCCUGGCCGAAGUCAAAGCGACUCACGCCCUACUUCCUCGGGUUGGGAUUCGGCGUGUCAACACCCAUUGCGAUUGCCAUUGGUCUUGGUGUUCGCCAGAGCUAUCCACCCGAGGGACGAACGACUUUGAUUGUCAACGGCGUGUUUGAUUCCAUCUCCGCCGGUAUCCUCAUUUACACGGCUCUCGUCGAGCUGAUGGCCCAUGAAUUCAUGUUCAGUCACUCUAUGCGUCAAGCACCCGUCCGCGAUGUGCUACUGGCAUUCUUCCUGCUCUGUCUAGGUGCUGCUUUAAUGGCCCUUCUUGGUAAGUGGGCUUAA